ACUUCCCAGAGGAUUCGUUUCGUCUCCAAAUCCCCAUUCCAAUUACCGGCAAGCAAGUACGUGUCUCUCUCUCUCUCUCUCUCUCUCUCUCUCUAGACUCUUCUGUUAUCCCGGUUUAGGACACCAAUGAGGUUAUGACGGGAAGCGUGAGACAGACUCCUCACCCUCCUCUAUUUACCAAAUUGCCCUCCCAUCCUCUCAUAAACUGAUUCCCCGGAGCAACAGACGCGUCUUCUCUCUUUCUCUCUUCCCUUGGAAAUUCGAAGAGAAAGGGUUUGGUCCUGGAAAUUUGAACCGGAGGAUUGCGGUGGAAUCCUCGCCGUCGAUUUUUCCAUCGAGGACUUCCGUUCGCUCUCUCUCCCCCCGUAUGAAGUUCGCCGGAGAUUGUUCCGUUCAUCAUCAACGGCAGCAGCAACGAGUGGCUGGUGGUAAUUGGAGCUUACAUCAUGGAUUUUAUGGGGAAAAGUGACGCCGGCCGGUGCAUUUCCCCCCUCACUGGUUUGCAAAUUGGGGACUUGCAGUCUUAUCUUUCGGAUCUUAGCCUAGUGCUGGCUUCAGAGAGUAGGAAGUUUUAUAUUUUGGUGGACAAUCGGCCAUGGCUGAGAGGUUCUCGGCCAGCACACUUCUGGCAAUUGAUGGUUACCAAGUCAAGGUUAUCUCCUUUUGCAAACUCUAAAGCGCUGAAGGACAGAAAACAAGGAAAGAAUGCGUGCUCCAAGACUGUUAAACCAAAAAAGUUUACUAGGUGGGUAUCAUUCAUCAAAGCAGAAGCAUUGUCUCGGAAGAGGGUUUUGCUGCCUGUAAAGAAACUGCGCAAUUCUUUGCUUUUAAGCAGUGAGUUGCAUAGGACCUUGUAUGGUUUCAUUGUGUUUGAAGUUGCAUGGAGUAACGUUCGAGGUAUAAAUUACUUGAAUGAGCUUCAGACUGACACGUCACUGGCUGCGGAGGCUAAAUUCAUGGAAAGAUGGGAAUUCGACAGUAUUGCUCAAGCUGCAAACUGUAUAUCUUCUUGGUUCUCAGGAACAGUCUCUGAGAAUCGACAAUUGAGAGAGUACCUAGAUUCCCUGGGAGAGGUGUUUUAUGAUGCCCAAGUAAGCAUGCCAGUUGAUGUUGAUGUUGAAGACGACUUUUCUUUCAAUCGUCUUUCUAUCGAGGAAAAUUCUCUUCACAGCCUCAGUAGCAACUAUAGUGUAUGCUCUCCAACCAGUGGCGGUAGCACUAGCAUUCCUCAUUCACCUCCUCCACCUACUGGACCUUACAAGAGAAGGAAAAUAGCAAGCUCCCUUUGUAUUGGAGAUGGCGUUGAUGUAAGUUCUGAGGAGUUUCCAGACUGCGAGACCUAUACUACUGACUACGAAGAUGCUGCUGAAGUUACCCAGAACAUGGAAGAUGAUAUACCAGUGAAUGUGAAUACCUCUACGGACUGUGAAGAGGCUGUUGAAGCUACUCAGUACAUGGAAGAGGCUAUACCUGUGCCAGCUGAGACACAUAACAGUGACUGUGAAGAUGCUGUUGAAGCUACCCAGUACAAGGAUGUCUUGAUCUUAUUCAGGUUCAAUGACCAUGACCUCCCGUUUAAACUCAGAGAUAUAAUAAUGUCUGAUCUCCGGUUAUUGACCUUGCUGGAGGCUGGGCUUCCAUCUUGGGCUAUCUUCCUUCAAUCUUACCCAGGAUUUUGCAAAAUUUAUCGCCCGUGGAUGUGUCCUCUUGCAAGAGCUUUAUAUGUGGUUAUCUCAGUUGCCACCGUCCUUAUUGGAUUUUAUGACCUGUACAAAAAUGUUCCAGUUCUCAAGGCAACUGCAUCUCGUAUUUGUGGGCCUCUAUUUGAUUGGAUAGAAACCUGGUCAAUGGUAACAAGGAUCAAAUACUUGGGAACAAUGCUAUUUCUGCAUCACUCUCAGAAGGUUGUUCAGUGGUUCUUGGCUAUCAGAAGGACCACUCGCUCCUUCUUCUCAGUUUUAGCCCAGCCGAUGUUGGAACCUUUCGUACAGUGCUUUGGAUUCCUUCUCCCAGUUUGGAAUGUGCUUUUCGAAGUAUUGGGGAGCAUCUGUACAAUGAUUUUUUUUCUGAUCGAGUCUUCUUGCAAUAUAGUGGAGAACUUGGUGGAGGCUUUGCUGUUUCCAAUAUGGUUUGUCCUUUCGUCCAUCUGGAGCAUUGCCACUUCUGUUGUAUAUCCGAUAUUUAGGAUGCUGUGGGCAAUACUCUAUGCUCCAAUUCGCAUGAUUCUUGCUCUAGGCAAUAUCAUAGCCUUUCUUCUUACUUGUAUAUAUGAUACGCUUCGAGAUUCAUGGAAGUUCAUUACCGACAUAUUCCAGUUUGCUUCAGCUUCUCAGGCAACAGUGAGGACUGUUGAAGUUUCCAUAUGGCGUUCACUUUGGAAUGACCUCUUUUCACAGAUUUUUCGUGCUCUCAGGAGUAUAUUAAACGGUUUUGUUGCAUUCUUCACAGCUUGUAACAGGCAUCGGCUAAGCAUCUAUAAUCAUAUAAAAGAGUUUAACGAAAGAUUACUAAAUCGAACGAAAAGAUUACGGCGUGAAGAUUCAAGACGUGGCAGGCAAACCAUUGAGGCUCAACAGCUGUUAAGAUUAAGGAGAAAAAUUGCCCUUGACUAGGGUUUUACACAUCCAUCGCGGAAUCAGUCUGGAUAUACUGUUAAAAAUACAGCUUUAACGAUGUAUGAUAUGUAUCUUGGCCUUAAAGGGAAAAAACAAGAGAUGUAGCAAACGAGAAAUGCAUGCAGCACCAAUGGACUGUUACUCACCAUAGGAAGAGCUUCAAUUUUCACAUUCUUUUUCGUGUUAGUUGCCAUUUGUUGAUUCCUUGUAGGGGCAGCCUGUAUAUCUCAUAAGGAAUUUUAGUGUUGUAGAUCUUG